AUGUAUCACUUCAAUCCUCUUCCUAGUCUUUUUCCUUCAACGGGCCACGGCUGCUGCUGCCAACACCUUUCGACUCUUUUGACUUCUCCCGACAUCACUUUCCAUCUUCCUUCUCUUUACCAAGAAACAAGUUCACAUUUUACUCAGUUCCAGCGGACAUCAUUUUCUCUCUCUCUCUCUCUUUCUUUCCAUCCACAUCCUUCUCUUCUAUAUUCUCUUUCCUUUUCUCUCUAUUUCCAUCCUCAUCCUUCUCUUCUAUAUUCUUUCCUUUUUUUUCUCUCUCUCUCUUUCCAUCUUCAUCCUUCUCUUCUAUAUUCUCUUUCCUUUUUUUCUCUCUCUUUCCAUCUUCAUCCUUCUCUUCUAUAUUCUCUUUCCUUUUUUUCUCUCUCUUUCCAUCUUCAUCCUUCUCUUCUAUAUUCUUUCCUUUUUUUCUCUCUCUUUCCAUCUUCAUCCUUCUCUUCUAUAUUCUCUUUCCUUUUUUUCUCUCUCUUUCCAUCUUCAUCCUUCUCUUCUAUAUUCUCUUUCCUUUUCUCUCUCUCUAUUUCCAUCCUCAUCCUUCUCUUCUAUAUUCUUUCCUUUUUUUUCUCUCUCUCUCUUUCCAUCUUCAUCUUUCUCUUCUAUAUUCUCUUUCCUUUUCUCUCGCUCUCUCUUUCCAUCCUCAUCCUUCUAUUCUACAUUCUCUUUCCUUUUUACUCUCUUUCCAUCUUCAUCCUUCUCUUCUAUAUUCUCUUUCCUCUUUUCUCUCUCUCUCUUUCCAUACUCAUCUUUCUCUUCAACAUUCUCUUUCCCUUUCUCUCUCUCUAA